GUCGAGCAAUCGGUAGGAGUGAGCUUCGUUUUCCAUCGUGUCUUCUGCGACCUGUUCGAUCUGAUUAGUGAAAAUUUUGUGUAGAAGUUUCUCUAUCAUCAUCACCGAUUUGCUGACGAGAGGCGAGUGUGGUGCUUGGUAUCGUCAGUGUUUUACUUCGUGAAGAAUCUCGUGUUAUUACGUUUUCCGUCUUUCCGCUUCCGAUCUGCACGGAGCCUCUUUCCGUCAAGGGUUCAACGCAUCGAUCCUGUUGGCGCCUGUGUGAGUGUGUGUUCGUAUCCGGCCCGCAUCGUGUGUGGUUCAUUUAAUUGUCUGUUGACAACGGAAAAUUAUUUAAAAAACGGUGCUUUUCCACGUGGCAUUCCGAGCUGCUGCGCUUGAGACGACCUAGAUCUCGUAUUUACGCAUCGCCAUAAGAGGAAGCAAAAGAAUCAAAUCAAACAGUUCUGUCGAGUGACGUGACGCCAUAGGCAAUAGGAGAACAUAAGCAAAAAUAAAAACCAUUCUCGAGAUCCAUCGAAGGCAAAAGGAGCAAACCAAAACGCAAGCAGUGACAAAGUGAAGAAUCCCGAGAAUGCAACAAGGACUGUAAAAGACCAACUGAACUUGGACGAAGCUGUUGACGGUGAAUGUGUUACUGUUAUAUUGUUGUUGUUACUUGAAAUACCGGAAAAGGAAACCAUCGGACACAGCGUGGGCCAAAGGCUACGAAACGAACUCGCACACCCCAAAACCAACCCAAACCAACGGAGAGAGCCCGAAAGACUCACGGCGACAAAGCGGGGAUACACAAUCACAAACGGUGGUGCCAGCUGGUGACGUUAGGACAAGUGAUCUAAACUUCCGACGAGAAGUUACCGCACAGAAGCGUCUAAAUAUUGUCUGCAAGACAACCGAGACUUCACGAGAGAGUGAAGGCGCUCCCGGGCUGGUUGACUGAAGGUUGACUUUAAGAUGAACACAUUGAAUCUGACAUAAUAACGCAAGCAAUAGGCGAGAUACGCACGAGAGCCAAUCCACUGAAAGCUUCAACGAAAGCUCCCUGUGAAGUACCGAGGCAGUUUUUCUUUCCUGUGGAAACAUUCAAACUCGGACGGAGAGGAAAGAAAAGAUACAACGAUCUUGGCUAGGUUCAGCAAAAUCCUCUUCAUUGAUUUGCUCGCAGAAAAAGCAAUAAGGCUUAUUAUUAAGCAUCUUUAGUGCUAUCUGGUGGAUUCUUUUUUACGCGAGAGCAGAAAAACCACCUCCCACACGCUCCCGUUUCUCGUCCCGUCCUAGUCCCCCCUUCCCCCGCCCAAAGACUCGCAAGCAUAGGACAGCCCGUCGCUGAUUGUGCGGCCACACACUUUUCUCCGGCGCGAAGGUAAAAACCCCCCCGGCCUCAAGACGGAUCCGUAUCCGGCAGCGCUGCACAAAAUGUCCAUACCGAAUCCGGCUGGACAGCUCGACGGGGCCCUGGCGGCUCCGAAGUACGGCACCCUCAUACCGAACCGGGUGUUCGUCGGUGGCAUCAGUGGCGACACGACGGAGGCGGAACUGUGCCGUCUAUUUUCAUCGUACGGUAACGUCAAGUCGACGAAGAUCAUCGUGGAUCGGGCCGGUGUCAGCAAAGGCUACGGGUUCGUGACGUUCGAGACGGAGCACGAAGCACAGAAGCUACAGAACGAUUGUGACUGCAUCGUCCUGCGGGACCGGAAGCUCAACAUUGCGCCGGCCAUCAAGAAGCAGACGAUCUGCGCCACGAACGGCGCCGUUUACUAUGCCGCCACCCCGCCAACACCCGCCAUCAACAAUAUUCCGAUCGAGCAGUUCGCCACGGUCUACCCGCCAGGUGUGCCAACCAUGUACCCUCCGACGUUGCCGUAUCAGCCGUUCUAUCAGUACUACAGUGUGCCAAUGGUCCCCAAUGCUUUCCCCCCACAGAACGUGCCCACCAUCUGGCCUCAGAAUUACCAAGGUAUCUACCCUUGUUAAGCGACGGUGGAAGGACGUGGACGUUCAAUCAAACCGUGAAAUCGUUAGCGAAAGAUGCAGCGGAGGUGGAGCAACAACAAAAAAAACUAAGAUAAGACUAUAAGCGACAUGUUGAACGUGAAAAUCAAGCUGUUAAGUAAGCAGAC